AUCUGUGAGAUGUUCAAGAAUGGAACCAAGCACUACGACAACGCCAGCCAGAUGCACUACCUCGUUGCUGGCAACACCUGGGUAGGUUACGAGGAUACAGAAAGUAUAAGGGCAAAAAUAACUUGGAUGGGCAAUCUUGGUGUUCUAGGGGUCAUGUUUUCUGCCAUCGACCUGGAUGAUUUUAAGGGAACG